CAGCAAGCCAGUCUAGCGCAAUACUGCCCUCAGCGCUUGUCAAAAGCCGGUCUCUGCCCAGUAUCGAAUAUGUCUAGCACAUUCCUGUGUGCUACUACACUGUAAACUAAAGUGCAUUUGUCAUCCGUCGUGUAACCAUAUCUAUCCUGGAAUUAGCGGUGUUGGUUAUCGGUCAAGCACAUCUCACUGAAAGGACACCGAUCGGGAUUGUUUGUAUCUACAGAUGUUUCUUCUGUUAUAAUGCAAGAUGCAUGCUGAUGCUCGGAAGGGGCUGCUCGACUGCGUAUUACUCGUCCUUUUAACCUCCUCCACCGACUGAAAAUAAUCGUAAACAGCUGAAAACCGUUGAUAUUGUGGGGUGAAGAAUGACAGAAUAUAAGCUUGUGGUCGUGGGGGCUGGAGGCGUGGGCAAGAGCGCUCUCACCAUCCAACUCAUCCAGAACCACUUUGUGGAUGAAUACGACCCAACCAUAGAGGACUCCUACAGGAAGCAGGUGGUGAUUGACGGGGAGACGUGUCUCCUGGACAUCUUGGACACUGCAGGUCAGGAGGAGUACAGCGCCAUGAGGGAUCAGUACAUGAGGACAGGAGAGGGCUUCCUCUGUGUCUUUGCCAUCAAUAACACCAAGUCCUUUGAGGACAUUCAUCAGUACAGAGAGCAGAUAAAGCGAGUAAAGGACUCUGAGGACGUCCCCAUGGUCCUGGUGGGGAAUAAGUGUGAUCUUCCUUCCCGCAGUGUGGACACAAAGCAGGCUCAGGAUUUAGCACGUAGCUACGGCAUCCCAUUUAUAGAGACCUCAGCAAAGACGAGACAGGGUGUGGAUGACGCGUUUUAUACACUAGUCCGAGAAAUCCGGAAACACAAGGAGAAGAUGAGCAAGGAGGGCAAGAAGAAAAAGAAGAAAUCCAAAACAAAAUGUAUAUUAAUGUGAACAAGCCUUUCCGGUCAUAAUAGACUCAAAAAAAAAAAAAAAAAGUUUCACAACUGCAUUUUGUAUAUUACACUAAAUUAUUGGCCUCCUCAAAAUACAGAAUGGAUUCUUAUUCUACUUGCUUUCUUAAGAGAAAUAAGCUUUACUUCUCGUUCGGUGCCAGUUGCCCCAAAGUGUUGGUCACCUUUAUGGCUUAUUUUAUCGGGUGGGCUGUCAGAGCUGGUGUUAUUUUGCAGUUGGUUUAGAGUAGUUUAGCAGAUUUAUAAAGAAAGGUGUGGAAUUGAAGAUUAGGCUUUUGGUGUGCUGUAUGAGAGAGAACUAGCCGUGAAAUUUGCAUGUGAGUCACUUGAUUUUACAGGAACUGGAACAUUGAGGAAUUACUUUUUUAGGACCAACACUUUCAGGGGGUGUUUUGAUACAUUAUCACUGUGUAUGACCCUGCCUUUGGAUGUCCCAGACUUCCAAAAACAACCUGCAUGUGAACUUCCAUUGUAGUCGGAUUAACGCGCCCUCUCUCAAAAGCCAUGGUAAUGUGUAUAUACGGUGAAAUCUUAACCACGUUAACCUUAUUUCCCUGUUUGCAUGUUGUGUUCUGUUCUUUAAACUUCCAGGGAACGGUAAUGCGUUGAAUACUGUAUAAUAGCCACUGCUGUGUAGAAAGGAUUUUCUCAGUUGGUCCAAACAGGCGCUAUUGUUUCAACAAGGCCAUUGUGAUAUUUUCAGUUAAAUUCAUGAAGGUUUAUAUGCAAGUCAAAAUCUGGUAAGAAUUAUCGUCUUAAGCAACACAAUUAAACAUUUUAUUAACUUAAGUUUUUAAACAACUGAGAAGAUGGUGAUCUGCAUUUUAUAAAAGUCACCUGUCAGUUUCAGGGAUUGAAGAACAAAUUUAUACUCGCAUGCGUUAUGUAUUAGGUAUGUUACGUUUCUGACAGACAGCGUGUUGAAGCCGCAUUUUCUUUUCGGAAAGCGAUAACAGUCAAAACGUUUGUGUAUGUUUUUUUUGGAAAUGUGUGCACUCCCUGAACCUCUGCUGGCUUCUCGUAAAUGCUACCGAAUAUUGUGCACGUUAUUUUUUGACGGACAAACCGUUAAAUUCAGCUGUCGCAAAUGAAUCGACUUUUAAAAACACGUUCUUUUAUUUUCCAGGAAAGGAGUGGUUUUGAUGCACAAAGUUGUCUCGUAUAACACAAGUCUUUUAUUUAAACCCAUGAAAAUGCAGAUCCUGUUGUAAGUAAUAGUGAAAAAGCACUUGUUUCAUUACUACCCCUUAGCAGAUUCUGACUAAACAAUAUAAAGCUGCACUUGAUCAGAAUCAAGUAUUCCAGGGAGUGUGUAAUAAUUUGAAACUCUUUUCUGUAAGGAUCUACACUAGCGAACACCUCACUUCUGCACUCAGAGGAGGAUUUUUAUGACGUAUGAAUAUUUACCCUCUUGUGCCCAGCCAAACAGCGCCUUAGAAGUCUUGAGUAAUUACAUUGAAUUGUUUUUUGCUAAAUUUUGAUUAGUGAAUAUAACCUACUGUACCACUAGUUGUUGUGAUGCAAAUAUACGU